AUGAAGAGCUUGAUAACUAUCGUCUUGGUCGCGUUCGCUGUGGUGGCGUCGGCGGCUUUGAACGGCAACAUAACACAUUUUGUCGAUCCGGCAACAAAUCUGACCAUCAAGCACUUCAACUGCGGCGUCAGCAGAGCAUCAGCGUCGAAGCACUAUAACGAGACUAUCCGUUUUCUAUCUCGCAAUACAAGACACAGCCAGAUUGGAAUUGGCACCCGCGCUCCUGCCGUUGUCAAACGGCAGAAGAUUUCUCCAGCUCUAGUCAUCAACACGUACCUCCACCUCCUCACAACCACUGCGAAGGCCGGGACCGUAACCAAGAAGCAAGCAACUGCACAAAUAGCGACGUUGAACCGAGCGUACAAACCUAUCGGUAUCACUUUCAAACUCAUAAACGUUUCCAUUACCACCAACGAUGCGUGGGCCGUGGCGGAGGGAUCAAAUAUGGAUGCGGUUAAGGAAGCUCUGCGUAAAGGCUCCUACGCCGACUUGAACCUCUACUUUCACUCAGACCUCACAGGUGGCAUCCUCGGAACUUGCACUCUCCCCUCCCAGGUCACCGCUGGCAUGGCACGUUCUCAAUACGCUUCGGACGGAUGCAACAUCAACGCGAACACUAUGCCCGGCGGGGCGAUGACUGGUUAUAACGCGGGUAUGACAGCUGUCCACGAGACAGGCCACUGGCUGGGCCUGCUCCACACUUUCGAGGGGUACUCUUGUACUGGCGAUGGUGAUUCCAUUGCGGAUACACCCAUGCAGGCUACAAGUACUGAUGGAUGUCCUUCGGAGCCUGCCAAGGACAGCUGUCCUGGUGUAACAGGAGUCGAUGCCAUCCACAACUACAUGGACUAUAGCAGUGAUUCUUGCUACACAAGCUUCACGCCUGGCCAAGUGACUCGCAUUGGCACUCUUUGGAAUCAGUACCGGAAAGGAUUUUGA